AUGGUGGAGCCGCUGGGCAAGCGGCUCGCAGACCCCGACCUCCACGCGAAAGUGCGGUCUGCCAUGGGUGUUCCCAUCAACGAGGUCGUGGGCGUUGGCACCGACUACUUCAGCGAUACAGGUGUGUUCGCUGUCGCAGUGGCCUGCUCCAGCACGAAGCCGGCCAAGACUGCCCAGACGAUCGAAAAGGUCAAGACCAAGUUGGUCGCCACAGUCAAGGAGCUGAUGAGCGACGCAGAGCAGGGUGAGCUCAUGGAGGGCCCCGCAUUGCUGCUAGCGGCUUUUACCGUGGACGUGUUGAUUGGCCACCGUUUUCUGGUACAGUCCAAACCACUGAAGCGGCUCUCUGCGGUUGCCCCUGCCGCUGUGGACAGAAGACGGCUCAAGACUGUCGACACAGUGGUGCGAGAGCUCAACGAACCAGGCUGCGGCGAGAAGCUGAUGGAGGAGCUGACGAAGAUCGGGUUUCCCGCAAGCGUGACUCCGGUCGACAAGGCCGCCUCGAGGGGCCUGUCGAAGCUGGAGUUCAUCCUGCAGUGGGGCUCGUCGAGAACGGGCAGCGGGAGCACUCGGGACUGGCCGUUCGGGAUCUGCAUGGUCUACGAGGGCGGCCGGCUGGUGCAGAUCGUCGAUGUGGUUAGCGCAGGGGGCGUGAGGUACGACGGCGAGGAGUCGGAGGAGAGCGCCGCGCUGGCGCGCGCGGUGUCCCGCGCGGUGCGGCACCGCGGCGACGCGGGCGGCGGUGGCGCCGCCCUCGGCGUGGAGGUGGACCUCAGCGCGCUGCCCCUGCAGGUGACAGACUUGUACUUCGUGCUCGCCGAGGCCGAGGCUCGGGGUCCCCCGCGGCUCGCGGGCUCCACGGUGGCGGUGCGAGACGCGGCGUGCGGCCGGGUCCUUACGGAGUACAUCGUGGACUCCACCUGCGAUUCGAGGGCCGCGGUCAUGUGCAGCCUUUCCAAGGACCCCGACCACAAGAAGUGGGUCGUGCACGGCCUUGGGUUGAAGUCCAGAGGCAGCGCCACGCAGUACGGCCCCAUCCGAGAGACCAUCGCCGCGAGGCAGGCGGGCUACCUCCGUUGGGAGCGACGAGCUGCGAUCGUGACCGUCCGCACGCUGCACAAGCUGGAUCGGCUGAAGCGGGGCAGCCAGAGCAAGUUUGCCAGCUUGCUGUGGGGCGUGAGUUGCCCACCAGCCUCUUCCAGAUGCUGUGCUCUUGGCUGUAGUAGGCCCCCAGGUGCACGUGUUGCGCUUGAAAGUUCAUCCGUUCUAGACAAAUUGCUUGCUCCUUUUUGGGAGCGGUUGGGUUGCUGA